AUGGAAAAGACAAACGAGAGAGCAUACUUCGAUGAUCAGACUGGCGACACCAAUAUCAUUACUUUAGAACAAUUGACCAAGGAUGAGUCUCUUCAUUUUGGUGAUACGUUAAUGAACGCAGCAAAAAAGAAUCAAGAAUUUGAAGGUUUCAAAACUGCAAAAGAAGGCCUUUUAAGUGUUGAACAAAAGAUGGAAAAACUUCUACUGCUACAUGAACGAGGCAAGAGUGAGCCCAAUUUGAACAAGUCUGGCAAACCGGUUGAGUUCAAACCGAAAUUUAAUCUUUUUGAUAGACAAGAAGAAGAAAGAAAGGGGAAGUCCCGUUCAGACUCUCCACGACAAACAACGUCUCGACAACCGCUUUAUAUUUAUGGCAAGAAAGACGAACAGAAGGAAAACAAGAGUGAGGGCAACACCAUGAAUACCAAGUGUGUUGUCCCAGACGAUGAAGACGGUACAACAGUUCCCCAGGUCGCUUCAUUCACCAACGAAAACUCCGAGGAGAUGAUAAAAACACUUGAAAUGCUUGAAAAAAAAGGUCUUUCAGAUUUGUCCAAAAAGCAAGACAUCGGUCAAAAGCAGUUUCAAGAAAUGCUCACCGGUGAGAUACACAUCUCAACAUCUGAAGACGCCUCAGAAAAUAUUGGAAUCGUCCCACUUCUCAGAGAGUGGUUAUCAGUCAUCGAACAGAUCAUCCAAACACCAAUAGAACCAUCCGAACAUGUAUCAAAGCUUGACCUUCUUAUUUUCUUUUCCGAAAUUCGAAUUUUUUCAAACACAAUUGUUGACUUAUUGAAUUCUUCUCGUUAUUUUUUUCAUCAAAUUGUUUUUAUUAUAAUUAAAUAA